AGGGCCUAGCAACUUGCAACGAUUCAAAUUUAAAUGAGUUUUGAUAACAUAACGAGAAGACCCAAGUUUCACUUUCAAAUUGUUUUUAUAAAAAUUGAACUUUUUCUGUAGGCUAUUGUAAAUUACACUUCUGGUUACCGGUAGCCCUGAUCCUAGGUUCUUGUGCACAGUGUGACCCAUAAUAUGUGUGGGAUAUCUUCUAGAGAUCUAGAUCUAGAUUCUAGAUCUAGAUUUAGAUCUAUUACUAUUAGAUUCUAAUCAAGUCUUUUUCUGUGAGUGUGUACAUGAUACACAGUGUCUCUACUCUAGUAGUCUAGAGCUAAUAAAAACUAGAGUCGACUCUGUGUGCAGCACAACAACCAAUUCAAAUUCAAUGGCCCAAGAGCACUCUCCAUCACCAACCCCAGAGCGUGCAGUGUAUGGCUUCGUCUUCUAUCUGGCCUCAUUUGUUGGAUUUGUUGUCUACAUUGUGUGGGCCUAUGUUCCUGAUGCCUGGCUUCAUUCUGUGGGACUGACAUAUUGGCCCCAAAAGUAUUGGGCUGUUGCUGUUCCAACAUAUUUCUGCGUGGCAGUGAUUUUAGCUUUCAUUGCAUACACAGGGCUGAUAUUCUUGAAAACUGCACCUAUAACAGAUGGUAGGACAAUAACAGACAGUAAAGCUAUCAUCUAUGACAGUCAUGUUGAACUCCAACCAAAUGCCUUGCCUCCACUUCGAGACCUUGAUAUAUCAACUGUCAACAGGAUUCUCUACAGCACUGAUGCCACAUGCUCCUGACUAGGAUAUUAUUUUAGAGACAUUAUUACAAAUUAACAAAAUCAAUUGUGUUUUUCUUCAUUGUUUCACCAUCCACGGCUCACAGGCUGUUCUUCAUUAUACUGUCGACUCCACUUGUGUUGAACUCGUUUGAGUUGAUCUUCGGUUCAGUUGAUCUUUUUCUCAGGGGAUCCCAGCAUCUCUUCCUUUUUUACAUUUUUGUUUAAGUCAAACGGUUCUGUUGAGUUCAAUACAAAAGUAAAAAUGCUUGAGUUGAAGUGCUUUUUUACCCUUGGCUGCAAGUACACAACGGUUGUAUUGAUUUUUAAGAUUCUUUUUGCAUGUGGUUUGUCAUCAGAUAUUUCACAGAGGCUUUGACAAACGUGAUACUUAAUUUAGAAAUACAAUUAGGCCAAUGUAGAGCCGACCAACGUGCAUUGAUGAUGGAAGUAACUCAAUGAAACGAUGAGGGGAGCGCGACUGUGGGUGUGUGUCAUGAGGCAAUAACCACGUUGUUGAUGUUGCUUCUCGAGGCCGAAGGGUAUGGUGCAUCGCAAGACAGUGAGUAGAACAGUACAACCUCUGUUAAACUUAUGGCAUACUGAGCUGAAAACAUACUCACGACGUUACUUAGUGAACUUAGUGUAAUGUUCACUUUCUGAAAUCUGGAGUCCAAGUUUGAAAUCUUAAUUUGUAAAACCUUUGUGUCUAAAACGUACCAAUGUAAAAUGUUCUUUUCGCUAUAGAUUUCAAAUAAUUUCAGUGAUCUAAAGUUAAGUAACAACGUACUUUGUACAAUGUGAGAAUAAAAGACAUGGCAAAGAGUCAAAGUUUUACCGUACUCGGGAAUACAAUGUAAUCAGCUGCCGUGACGGUAAGUUUUUCGCAGAGAUACAUUAUCAUUUAUGUUAGUACACGCGUAUUGUUAGUUUUACCACCAGUGAAUGCUUGCAUCAUACAUACGUGUGAGCACGCAAUGAUUAUUCAAGUGAAUAAAUAUUGCUCUGUAACCUUUUCUUUCACUGCCAUUUUUUACCACAAUACUAACAUUAAAAUAAACAGGGUAAAAGAUUUUAUGUCCCUUGAUUUUGUGGUCCUGAUGGCUGACUUGAACUUUGGAGCAGUUGAUCUUUUUUUCACUCCCCCGACGACAUCAACUCAUCCAUAGGUGACUAAGAAGAAAGCACAUUUCACACUGAUUCACAGUCAGGCCUUGUUUUAAUGCCCACCUGCAGUAAAUUUCGCCUCUGCAGCCGAUUAGUUGCUAGAUUGAGUGUUGGCUAAACUCAAGGAAAUCAAACAUGACUUGUGUGUUGCCCUAUGUCUCUGAAACCUCUGAAUUGAAUUAGGUAAGUCAUUUCAAGACAGUUAUGCUAGGAACUUGCACAAGAUUGUCUACCAGUGCACACGAAAAGCAGGAAAUAUGAUUUUGAACAAAUUAUUAACCAAAAGUAAUCUAGCAAGACAUUGCUUACCAUUUUACAAGGUCCUGAAGCAAGCCUGUAAAGAAAUGCUACUGGUAUUUUACUCUUCUCAAAUAAAUGUAGAUGAAGAUGUUCAGUAGAUUUUCAACGUAUAACUUGGAAAGGGAUUUUUUUGAUUGGCUUACUUACACUUACACAUGCAUGCCAAAAAUGCCCUCUUCACUCAUAAUGUUUACCAAAUUUGACAUUGCAAUUUCAUUCUCAGUUAAAAACGUGUGCCUGCAAAUAACAACCCAAGUCUCUGAUGAUGAAAAGUGAGAUAGCAGUGGCUCCUGAUAGAUCAAACAAUUCUGGUAUCUAAACAAUUUUUCAAUCAUCUAGAUGAGUUGUUAUGGAAUGAUAGAUUUUGUGAGGCCAUGUAUGAAGAUAGACAAAAAAGAAAAUAUAUGUCAAAGCUUGGAUUUUAUAUACAAUGUAUAUUAUAUAUCUCUAUAUAUAUGAAUGUAUAAAGGCCUUUAAUAUUAAUUUUUCAGAAAAUAUUUAGUUUAAUUGGAUUCAUCCUUCCUACAUACAAUUUGAAAAUAUAAGCAUUUUCGAUUUUUACAAGAUUCACAUUUGGUACCCAGUAGGCAUACUCCUAUGGUUCUUCAUAUGAUAUAUUCAGCUCUAAAAUUAAACUUUGUCUUCUGACAUUUGGGGGGUUUGACAGGCACGCACACGCUGGAUCACUAACAUAACAACGACAGGCACACACACAAAUUUUGACUUCCUGUAUUCAAGUGGAUUAUUGUCUCAUUUCACGAAAAUUGACUUCUGUUAUCAGUGUCAGGGUGGAAAAAGAGAGCAUUAACUUCAAAAUCAAAAAUGUUCUGAGAAGAGACAUAGAUCUACUUGCUUUUUUUUUGUUACCUACACUCCUUGUUAUGUUAUUUUCAUUAUGAGGAUUGUGCUGGUUUAUGAAAAGGUUGAUUCCUUAGAACAUCGGAAUUCGUUUAUGGGACCAAAAACUGCCUACUCUGAUUGCAAUUUGUAUUAGUUAGUUAGAGGAAAUGAAAUAAAUCCUUUUAAUAAAUGAGAAAGUUUUGGGAAUCUAAAAUCCGUCAGCUGGCACUAGUUUCCUUUUUAACCUCUAUCAUUGCUGUCAUGCAAACUAGUUCUCAUCACUGAUUUUUAUCAGAACAAAAUGGGACAUUGAUGCUAAAGAAGAGACUUUGAUUUUUAGGGUUUGUCAUGCCCUCCUAUUCAUGCAGGCAAGAUUUUUUAGAGCCCAGAAAGUGACUGCAUCUAAGAACAAUAAGAGAGAGGGAGUCUGUUUGUUUGUGUGUGUGUGUGUGUGAGAGAGAGGGAGAGAGAGGGAGACAGAGAGGGAGAGAGAGAGGGAGAGAGAGAGAGAGAGAGAGAGAGAGAGAGAGAGCGAGAGAGAGAGAGAGAGAGAGAGAGAGAGAGAGUGAGUUGUGGGUUUGAUUUUGUAUUUGUAUAAAUGCUGCUUGUUAAUUAAAAUAAAAUCAUAUUUUGCUUGCAUCCUGAUGAAAGCUCUCCGACAGUUUCUUCUCUUGGCAUGGAGGGUCAAUAAAGUUUGUAUUACAAUAUA